GAACUUUGACUCCCAUUGCAACCCGAGAACUGUAUAAAAAGCGGCGGGAACUCUUCUCCCGCCACAUCACACAAUGAAGGUGUUUGUCUUGUGCGCUCUGGUAGCGUUCGCUGCCGCCGAUGUACCAUUGGCCAAGAGACAACAGGAUGUUAACCACCUGUUGUGGAAUGUCUAUGACCACCACCACUUUGAUGACCUGAAAGGAUACGCAGCCUCUUUCAACCCUGUGGGUGAUGUGUCCCAAUACAAGGACGGUGGCGAAGCAGCCAGGCACUUGGUCCAGGAAGAGAAAGAUCACAGACUCCUUGAACAGCAUCACUGGUUCUCACUCUUCAAUGAACGCCAGAGGGAAGAAGCUCUGAUGCUCUUUGAAGUCUUCAUGCAAUGCAAGGAGUGGGACUGCGCUGUUAAGAAUGCUGCAUACUGGCGUGAACACAUGAAUGAAGGAGAGUUUGUGUAUGCACUGUACACUGCUGUCAUUCACUCUGAUCUUGGACAUGGCAUUGUUCUCCCCCCACUCUACGAGGUCACCCCUCACAUGUUCACAAACAGCGAAGUUAUCCAAAAAGCUUACACUGCUAAGAUGACCAACACUCCAGGUAAAUUUGAGAUGGAAUUCACAGGUACAAAGAAGAAUAAGGAACAACGUGUGGCCUACUUUGGAGAAGACAUUGGAAUGAAUGUGCACCACGUCACAUGGCACAUGGAUUUCCCCUUCUGGUGGGAAGACAAGUACGGACAUCACUUGGACCGCAAGGGAGAACUCUUCUUCUGGGUUCAUCAUCAGCUCACUGUUCGCUUUGAUUCUGAGCGUCUUUCCAACUAUUUGGAUAUGGUGGAUGAACUCCAGUGGGAGAAACCAGUUGAAGAAGGAUUUGCCCCACACACCAUCUACAAAUAUGGAGGUGAAUUCCCUGCCCGACCUGACCACAUUCAUUUUGAAGAUGUUGAUGGAGUUGCAAGAGUUCGUGACAUGAUUAUCAUGGAAAGUCGCAUUCAUGAUGCAAUUAGCCAUGGAUAUAUCACUGACAAGGAUGGAAAGAUCAUUGACCUCAUGAAUGACGAAGGGAUUGACAAACUUGGUGACAUUAUUGAAUCAUCUAUGUACAGUCCCAAUGUUCAAUAUUAUGGCGCACUCCACAACAUGGCCCACAUUAUGCUUGGCCGUCAAGGUGAUCCUCAUGGAAAAUACAACAUGCCUCCAGGUGUUAUGGAACACUUUGAAACAGCCACUCGUGAUCCUACAUUCUUCAGACUUCACAAAUAUAUGGAUAACAUUUUCAAGGAACAUAAAUAUAGUCUUCCUCCAUACACUCAUGACGACCUAGACUUCCCAGGUGUCAACAUUGAUAGCCUUAGCAUUGACGGAGAACUUAAAACCUAUUUUGAGGACUAUGAAUUUGAUCUUCGAAAUGCUGUAGAUUCUGCUGAAGGCAUUCCCACAGUUGAGUUGAAAGCCAAUGUUCAUCGUCUCAACCACAACGACUUCUCCUUUGUUGCCGAUGUCAACAAUAACAAUGGAAAAGAAGUUGUUGGUACUUUCCGCCUGUACCUUUGCCCUGAAUAUGACAACAAUGGAGAGGAGUUUGAUUACACAAAUGGCAGCUGGCACUGCAUUGAAAUGGACAAAUUCUGGAAGAAAUUGUCUCCUGGAGGAAAUCAUGUUGUAAGAAAAUCAAGGGACUCUUCUGUCACUGUUCCUGAUGUGCCCAGCUUCCAGUCUCUCAUGGAUGCAGCUGACAGUGGCAGUUUCAGCAUGCCUGAAUUCGAAAGGGCUUGCGGAAUUCCCAGCAGAAUGCUUCUUCCCAAGGGUAAGAAGAAUGGCAUGGACUUUUCUCUCAUCCUGGCGGUCACUGAUGGAAGCUAUGACCUAACACACUCAGAUGUUGAAUCUGAGCAUGGAGGCACUCAUGCCCACUGUGGAGCCCACGGAGAAACGUAUCCAGACAAGCGCCCGAUGGGAUUCCCUAUCGAUCGUCAAAUCCCAGACAGACGAGUCUUUGAUGAAACUACCAACAUCAAGCUUGUUCAUGUUAAAGUAUACCAUGAUGAUACCCACCAUUAAGAUAUGAAAAUAGCAAUGAUUUCAAGGUAAUAACAACACUAAAUUUUCAUCUGUGAAGAACAUAAUAUAAAGUUUUGUGUUUGGGCAUCGGAGCCUCUUAAUUUAAUUAGGGGAAAAUGGCUCGUACUAAUAACAAUAAAGAUCUUGCAUGA